AUGCCCAAACGCAAACGCGACGACGUCUCCCUCGAAGCGCUCUUCACGCGCCACCGCACCGACCUCUUCCAAGCGCUGCGCGCCGCCAAGGGCUUCGAGCGACAGCGGCAAUCCAAACGACUGGCGGACCGCAAGGCCCCGGCCGACAAGCGGGCGCGCAUCGAGAACGAGAUCGUCGUGCUCAAGUCGCUCGACCUGCAGCAGACCGCCCACGCCCACCUGUGCUCGUCGCUGCUGCGCGUCAAGGCCGUUGCCGAUGUUUCCGAGCGCUUGCCUGCCGAGGUGCGAGGGUGGUGGAGAAGGCUGUUGAGGCGGGGGCGGGUGAGGAAGGGGAAGGGAGGGGGAGAGAAGGAGGAUGGGUUGGAUAGCGAGGUGGGGAAGGGGAAAACGAGAGCUGGUCUGAAGACGGACGAGGAGAAGGAUGGAAGAAAGGAAGCCAGGCCAGGGAAAAAAGAAAGGGAUAACGACAGGGAGAAGAUUGACCAGGGGGGCCAAAGCGACGGCAGUGACGCAGAUGAGGAGGAAGAAGAAAAGAGUAUCUCUCAACUGGACAAGCUGUUGGGUUUGGAUUCCGACGAGGAGAGCGAGGAUGACAGCGAGGAAGUGCUCGUGAAGGGGCGGACGAAAAAACCGUCAACCAUGGAGCUGGACCCGAUGGAGAUCACAACCGACGAGGAAGGUGGAGACGACCAAGAUCUGGACCCUAUGGAACUCACCUCUGAUGAGGAAGAGGGGAGCAGCAGCGAGGAGGAAUUCAAUGGUUUCAGCGAUGACGAGGAAGGCCAGCAGAGCUCGGCCAGCGACGAUGAGGCCGAGUCAGAUGCCGAGAGCUCUGCCUCGUCCGUAUCUCCGCCGGUAAAGAAAGCCAAGAAGGCAAAGGGCCCGCUCAAACCAACAGAUUCCACCUUCCUACCCAGUCUCAUGGGCGGCUACAUCUCCGGCUCAGAGUCAGCAUCCGACAUCGAUGUAGCUCCGGAACGCAGAAACCGUCGAGGGCAGCGCGCAAGACAGGCCAUCUGGGAGAAGAAGUUCGGCGAGAAAGCAAAGCAUCUGCAAGAGCCCGCCAAGGGCCGCGACUCGGGUUGGGACGCCAAGCGUGGUGCCGUCGACGGAAACUCGAAGCCAUGGAAACGUGGUAUCCGCAACCCCCUACUAGAUAAGGCGAGAGCCUCGGGGGCAAACGAAACGGAGUUAGGUCCUCCGAAGAAGGAGCCAGCUCCGAGGAAGCGGGACGACUCGGGUUCUCUCCACCCGAGUUGGGAGGCGAGACGAUUGGCCAAGGCAAAGGAGCAGAUGAGACUUCCUAGCCAGCCAGCCCUUACCCCCCACCCCCUCAUCAUCGCCGUCACUGCCAGCAUCAGCGUCGGAGCCAGAGAACAAGCUCCCCAUCCUCCCUCCACCACCACCGCUGUUGCUGCUGCCGCCAGGGCGGCGGAUGGGGCGCGGCUGGGGAGGUGGGCGCUGAGAAUCUCGUCGAAUGAUCGAUGGGAGCCGAUCGCGGUGUCUGAGUCCGAGCUUGAAGAUUCCGAAUCGGAGUCGGACGACAGUUCGGUGGAUGAUUCGGUUGCCAAGGAGGAUUUCGAAUCUGAGUCUGAGUCCAGUUCUGAAUCUUCGUUGGAGACGAACAACCGGGACUUGAGACGCUGGCGCUCUCGCCACGAAGACAAGGCAGAUUGA